AUGUCAUUCAUCCCUCCUGUUGUCCACGAAUGGACUCAAACUGCCCUGGCCAAUCUGCCCCCUCCAGCACAGCAAGCAUUGCUGCACCCAUUGGUCCCUAAAGCUCUCGCUGCUAUCUUAGCUUUCACUGCUCUGCGCCAAACCAACCGCGUCCUCAACUCGCUAUCCCUUAGCAAUAUCAGCACCCGGAAAUGGGACAAUGCCCGCGAACUCGUCCUCCUAACCGGUGGAUGCAGUGGUAUCGGCAAGCAAGUCAUGACAGAAUUAUCCUCGCACGGCGCGAAGGUGAUCAUUCUCGACAUUAGUGAACCUACCUUCAAACUCCCACCCAACGUCCACUUCUACAAAGCAGACAUCACCUCCUCCGCCGCACUGCACCCCGUGGCAGAACAAAUCCGGUGCAAGCACGGCCAUCCAACAGUCCUUGUUAACAACGCAGGUGUCGCCAACGACGCGACGAUCCUCGACGAACCGGAGGCCAAGAUCAGACAAACAUUCGAAGUGAAUACGAUUUCGCACUUUCUCAUCGUGAAGGAGUUCCUCCCUGCCAUGAUUGAGCGGAAUCAUGGCCAUGUCGUGACGGUGGCUAGUCAGGCUAGUUUCAUGUCGCUCGGGGAGAUCGUGGACUAUAGCUGUUCGAAGGCGAGUGCGUUGGCAUUCCAUGAGGGGCUGGGGCAGGAGUUGAAGUAUUGGCAUAAGACUACGGGGGUGAAGACGAGUGUGGUUCAUCCACUGUGGGUGCGCACACCCAUGAUUCAGCAGCUCACAGAUGCUGGAAAGGAAUUCAAGCAGCCUGUUUUGACGGUGGAGAGGGUGGGCAGUACUAUUGCGAAGCAGAUUAUCUCAGGGAAGAGUGGACAGCUUGUUUUACCUGAAUCAUUGUGGUGGAUUAGUUUGGUGCGGGCGUGGCCGACGUGGUUGCAGGAGACGGCGAGGGGGUUGGCGUCGAAGGACUUGGUCAAGUUGAGGGCGUGGCAGAAAGAGAAUGAUGUUAGUAAAUGA